UCUCUUCUUGAAUACAGCUGUCCAGAAUGACUUCUCACGAAACCAUACCAAGUCCAGACAUCUAUGGUCCUGGGACCUUUGCGGAUAAGGAUUUCCUUCCCGCGCCCCAAGAUGCCCGUCGUAUCUUCGAGUAUAUUGCCAAGAGCACGCCCGGCUUCACUCAGAGCAAAGAUCUUUGGAAUACCGUCCAGUUCCAAGGCAGUGAGCUGCCGAUAAUCCCGGGUCCAUUCAAGGCCCCUCUCAUCGCCGCGGCCCUGCACGCCAUGUGUGGAGUCGUCGCCCACGAAAUCGUGCAAGAUCGCGAUGGCACAGCAGCCAGUACUCAACGGGUCAAUGUGAAUGUCGACCAUGCUGCCAUCUGGCUAGGUACUAUCUUCGCGGCAUCUGUCCAAGGCAAAGAUAUGUCCGAGCUCGUCAGAUCACGGGAGCUACGUACCCUCUUUCAACGCGAUUUCGAAGGAGACUUCAUGUCAUCACCCAUGAGACAGCGCACUACGGCGUUGUACAAGACCAAGACUCCGGGCGUGUGGUAUCAACUGCAUGGCUCCCUGGAUGCGGCCCCCGUCCUGCGGGCCCUAGGCAUUGACCCUGAGUACCCGGCCAAGACCUCCGACGAAGCAUAUGAGCACAUUGCUCGGCAUGUCGAGCAAUGGACGGCCGAUGAGCUGGAGAUGCUUAACAUCAAGAACGGGUUCUGUGGGAGUAUCUGCUUCACACCGCAGGGGUGGAAUGAGACCGCUAUGGGAAAGAGGCUCGCCUCUCAUCCACUCGUUAAUUACUCUCGUCAGUCGCACGCCAUCCCGACACCACCAGUCCCGUUCCCCAAGGUCGCAGACAAGCGGCCACUGGCAGGGAUCAAAGUGGUGGAGCUCGUGCGCAUCAUUGCCGGUCCGGUCAUCGGCUCCACACUUGCUGCAUUUGGGGCGGAUGUCAUUCGAGUGAACUGCAGCCGCUUGACAGAUCUCAACGUCCUGCAACUUACCCUGAACGCCGGAAAACGCACCAUCGACCUGGACCUAACCAAAGAAGACGACAAGUCGCGACUGCGAGAACUCAUCGCAGACGCCGACGUAUUCAUCCAAGGCUUCCGCCCCAACGUCAUCGCGCGGAAAGGUUUCGGAGUCAACGAUCUUCUCGAGAUGGCCGGCACCCGGGGCAAAGGGAUCGUCUACGUGGAGGAGAACUGUUAUGGACCGGACGGCCCGUACCACGAGCGACCGGGGUGGCAGCAGAUUGGCGAUGCGGCGUCAGGUUCAUCCUACGUUAUGGGUCGCUCUCUGGGUUUCAAGGAUGGGACGAGCAUUCUUCCCCCACUGCCUAUCUCUGAUAUGACCACGGGGCUGGUGGGUGCGUUGGGUGCUCUGAUGGCGCUGCGGGAUCGGGCCCGACAUGGCGGUUCGUAUCGGGUGACGAGUUCGUUGGUCAAGGCUGAUGCGAUUGCCUUGGAGCCGGAGAUUGGGCUUUACGCACCUGAAGUGGUGGAGAAGAGUAAUCAGCUGUUCAAGUGGGGAUAUAUUGGGCCUUCCUUGUUUGUCACGGAGAUUCUGCUCGUUGUUAUGGAUGGGUGGAAGAGGGUGUUUGCUCAAUACUUUGCAGCUGGGCCGGAGUCGGUCUUGACUAGCUUCCCGGAGGGGCCAUGGGGUCACAUGGAGCUGCUGAAACCUGUGGUUCAAUUGAGUGAUACACGUGUAUCGCCUCGUUGGUUGACACCGUCGGUUCCGAACUGUUAUCAUCCUCAGAGCAUCGAAUGGCUUUAGCUCUUGAGGGAUCAACUUGUGACUGGGAGCUGAGUGAGAUAUGCGCUGUAAUGUUCACUUUGGGUCUGCAUGUGCGGUAGCUUUUAUUAGAUAUAGAGUUUCUCUCUGAGACC